CAUAAAGAAAAGGUUUCUUCUCUUCCUUUCAUGUUUGACUAACACAAAACUAAAAGGUCUCAAUACAUUCAUAUAAACCCAACCAAACAAACAAAUUAAUUUAAGUAAAAAUCUAUGCCCAAUAAGGAAUUUCAAUUUCUUGUAUGAAAUGAUGUUUGGGCGUAGUGGCAGUGCUGGAAAUGGGAGUGGCGGUGGAAGUGAAAGCCUUGGAGGCGGUGGCGGACAAUUUCGCCACCACCAAACGAUGCUUCCGCCGUUGCCGCUCCAUCUUCGUCCGACGGUGCCGAUUUCCCCUACAGCCGGAGGCGGCGGCGUAUUGGGAGGAGACGACGAGUUUCCGAGGCGAGAUGAGCGGGUUCCGCCGUGGAGCAACCAGGAGACGAGGGAUUUCAUCGCGAUUAGGGCGGAGCUGGAGCGGGACUUCGCCUCCGCUAAGCGCAGCACUUCCAAGGCUCUGUGGGAGGUCGUGGCCGCGAAGAUGAAGGAGCUAGGGUAUCGCCGCACCGCCGAGCAGUGCAAAUGCAAGUGGAAAAACCUAGUCAAUCGGUACAAGGGGAAGGAAACAUCUGAUGCGGAUAGUGGUAGGCAAUGCCCUUUCUUUGAGGAGCUCUGUGCGGUUUUCACUGCCAGGGAAAAUAACAUGCAGCAAUUACAACUUGAAUCUGAGGUUGGUCCCCAACGGGUCAGGAAAAGGGUUCGGAGUGCAGACCAGUCCUCGGAGGAAUUCUCAGAAGAAGAAGAUAAUGACUAUGAGAGUGAUGAUGACAGGGUUACCACAGGCAGCGUUGCUUCAAAAAAGAAAGCUCAGAAAGAAAAGCGGCCAAGACCAACGGCAACUGACAAAUCUUCAAAAAACCCGGCAAGUGAUAGGGGCAAUCGAAGCACUCUUGAAGGUAUUCACGAGUUGCUUUGCAGUUUCAUUCAGCAACAGCUGAGGAUCGAGAUGCAGUGGAGGGAGUCAAUGGAGAAGUGCAGCAAAGAAAGGGAGCUGUUUGAGCAGGAGUGGCGGCAAACAAUGGAGAAACUUGAAAAGGACCGGAUUAUGCUCGAGCAAGCCUGGAGAGAACGGGAAGAGCAAAGGAGGAUCAGAGAGGAGAGCCGAGCAGAGAAGAGGGAUGCCCUGUUGACCAUGCUUCUCAACAAGCUCAUAAAUGAAAACCAGCCUUGAGAUGGCUGCUUGCAGGUUCUCUCGAGUAUUCCUUUCCCUUACUCCUCGUCUUUUUAAAUAUCUUAUCCUAUACAUAGAUAGACUAAGAGAGGUAUAUUCAGUUGGUUGAAGGAUAAAAAGCAAUAUAGACUAUAUGGUUUUUGAAACCUUAACAUCAAACAUAGAAUAGUAGCAUGGUAUGUGAAUAAGUAAUGCUACAAAAUUGACGUUUCUCAACUGUUGUAAAUGCUUUUAGUAGCCAUUAAAGAUGACAUUUUUGUUUAUAUUGUAAAACGAGUUUUUGUUGAAAUCUAAUUUGCUUAUUGUUUU